AUGGCACUCCCUGCACAAUCUACCAGGCUCAAGCGCCGUGAGUCGGCCGAGAUCUUCCGCCUGGACCUACCCGCUGCGACCGGCGACGAGAGGCACAAAGUGAUUUCGCCGCAGUACCCGCUCACGCCAUCCCCAAGUUUAGUGCCUGCUACCGAGGUUUCGCGGUGGACGGACGCCACUCCCAGUUCCCGAACGAAAGAUGGAGCGGAACACGCACAUGCCCGCGUGGCUUCGUUAGACAGUGACAGGCCCAUUGUCCUCGCAGACGAUCCCGUCGAAGGACCGCCACGGACCACCCAUGCAGGUCCCAUUCCUAACACUCGCCUGGAGCGCGUGCCACGAGAGAAUUUGGUACCAUUCUAUGCCGGCGAGGUAGGAGGCCAUGAAUUCCUGUUCGAAGUCUGUUCGCCAAACCGAUCCUUGAGGGGGAGUCCGUACAUUAUCAGUCGCAAUAUACACAAACGGCCUCGCUUCAAGCCAGAGACUGGCUCUCGGCCGCGCUUUCCAUCGGCUGUCUGCCAGGAGCUUCUUCGCUGCUUCUUCAACUACAUCUACCCAAUCCUGCCUGUGGUCCACGCAGGUGACUUCCUCACCAAAUAUACUCAUGACCCAAACAGCGUGAGCGGCCUCCUCCUCUGGUCCAUUUUCCUCUCUGCAGCCAGCUACCUCGACACAGAAACGUUAUCCUCGGCUGGGUUCAAGAACCGGAAGCAGCUGAAGGAGUUCUGUUUCCAGCAUGCUAAAGCAACUUACGACGCACAAGUGGAGAAUGACAAGACAGCAGUCAUUGCCUCGACCUUGCUUCUCGGCUUUUGGUAUGUGGACUUGGAAGACCAGGACGGGUCCGGCUACUGGAUUGGCAUAGCCAUCCACCUCUGCUACACGAUCGGCCUACAUCGCGAACCCAAUUAUGCCCGACUUCCACGCUGUCCGUUUCCCGAGUCACAGCGAGCGCUCUGGAGACGACUGUGGUGGUGUGCCUACUACAGAGAUGCCUGGUUUUGCUUGGGCGCUGGCAGACCAAUGCGGGCUCAUAUCGAUGAUUGUGACUUGGAGCUGCCGACGGUGGAAUACGUUACAGAUGAUUUCAAAGAGCUAUCCUCGGAACUACGGGAGGCAUUCUUGCCUUCCAAGAUGGAGAAACUGGCAGACCUGUGGAUAAAAAUGCUCCAACUUUCCAUCAAGCUGGAGUACACCACGAUCCUGCACUAUCGACCACGGCGACCGCCCCUCUCAGUGCCUCAACUUGAAGCCGACCACGCGGAUGUACUCCGUCUGCUCGCCAGCCUUGACCCGGAGACUGAGCACAAAUCCAGCACCCUGGCGCUCCACACCAGCCACUUCGAAACGUAUGUGAAUACUGUUGUGAUCAUUCUUCACCGACCAUAUGUCCUCUCCGCACCCGAACACCUGCAGCCAUCUGAACGCACGAACCUGCAAACUGCCGCGAUACAGGCCUGCAAGUCCGCAGCGGCUGCCAUCACGAACACGUUGAGCAAGUUGAUCGCCGACAACAUGAUUGAGACAUCACCAACAACGCUCGUCACGCCCAUCAUGAUGGCAAUGCAAAUCCACUUCUACGAACUUGCACGGUCGGAGGGACUGCUGCGUCAACACGCACUGCACAACUUGAAUCUACAUUUCAUGGUAUUGACGCACUUAAAGAAGACGUUCUGGACCGCCGAUAUGCAUCACAAUCUGUUUACCGAAUGCAUCAAAGCACUAAACUCGGGCAAGGGUGAUCAGAGUCAGUACGGAGGGUGCGCCAAUGGCUUGCAAGACCCCACAACAGCCGCGAGGCCGAACUCGCCACGUGAUGCUCGGGAUGACCAAGCCGCAUCCAUGGGCAGCAUGCUGGAGGCCUCUGGGUUGAGUGAAAGCGCCUUUGAAGAGUUCUUUGCGUCCUUUGGUCCUUUUGAUAACCUCUCGUCUCUGUUCGAGGACAGGUAG